AUGACAGAGCUGAACUCGCCCACCUCCAUCGAGAAGGGCGAGAACCUCACCGCUCUCGCUCGGCCGCUCACUCGACACACCUCUGCCCUUCCCGAUGUUCUCUACCUGUUAUCCUUCGCUCCGCCAUGUCCGUCGCCCUUUCGGUCUCCGCUCGACUUUGUCCGACAUCCCAUCGUCAUGAUCUGCAUUGGGAUCCCCUGCGCCAUUAUCUCGGGUGUUUGUAUGCCCGCCUUCGACAUUGUGCUGGGACACUGGACGAACCAGCUUCGAGGCGAGGGCGUCACUGCGCAGAGUAUUGAGGAGGCGGGGAAUUUUGCGGGAUGGUUGAUGACGGUCGUGGGUGUGGCUUUUGUGAUCACCUUCGCGACAUUCAUGGCUUGCUUCUCCAUGGCAGGCGCAAAGCUGUCUAACCUGCUUCGCGAGAAAUACCUCGCAGCCAUCGUCAUCCAGGACCAAGCCUUCUUUGACCGGAUCGGUCCUGGAGAGAUCGUCUCUCGAGCCAGCAAAGAUAUCAACAUGAUCCGGACAGGCCUCGGUGAGCGGCUAGGCUACCUCCUCUGGUCCAUGUCCAUCAUUAUAGCAUCCCUCAUAUCCGCCUUCAUCGCCGCAGCCCGCGUUGCCGGUGUCCUCCUCGCCCUCGUCCCCUUCACCGUUAUCAUCUUCACCGGGCUCGGAUGGUGGACUGAGCGGGCCUCGCGCACCGUUGACAUCCUCGACGGUCGCGCUUCGUCCCUCAUCGAGCAGAUUCUCUCGUCGGUCCGUAUCUCCCAGUCGUUCAACAUGGGGGACCGUCUCCUCCUCAAGCUUGAGAAUGACAUGCUGGGUCCUCUUCGGCGCAUGUCAAGGAAGAAGUCGGCGGUCAAGGCAAUCGAGUUCGCCGCUGCUUUCGGAGCGGGGUUCUUGGUGUACUGCUUGAGCUUUUGGUACGGCGGUAUCGCGGUGCAGGAUGGGUAUCCCAUCGGGAACGUCUUGACUGUAUUCUACAACUACGUCAACGUCUUCUUCACGUUCGCCGGCGUCGUACCUCAUCUCCUCGCCUCGACUCAAGCUAUUCAUGCCAUCCGGAACCUCCGUCUUCAAAUCGAGCGACAACCUCCUAUCGACGUACGCGAUACCUCCGGUCUACAGCUGGACGAGCGGGGACCCUGGGAACCUUCGUUCGAGCUCAAGGACGUUACAUUUGCCUACCCGUCCCGUCCGACCCAAAAAGCGCUCGAUGGUCUGUCACUCCACGUACAGCCUGGCAAGUUCACCGCACUGGUCGGUCCAAGCGGAAGCGGGAAGAGUACCCUCGCUUCGCUCCUCUUACGGCUGUACGAUCCCGCUACCGCUAGUAUCCUCACGGACGCAGACCGAAAAGUCAUCAAGACUUUCCAGGUGGACGGCAACGAAGCGGCGAUCGAUGCGGACGUUCUUGCGGAGGAGGAGAAGCGGGUCGUCGGGUCGGGAAGUAUCGACUUUGCCGGCAAGGACAUCCGGGACUACAAUGUCAAGUGGCUCCGCAGUCAGGUCGCGGUCGUCCUGCAGAACCCGCAGCUGGUCAGCGGGACGGUCUUUGACAAUGUCGCGGUCGGCCUGACGGGCACGGAGCUGGAGUAUCGUGCGGAUAUCGACGGGGCAUUUGACGCGUCGGACGAGAAGAAGGGUAAGAUGGCAAUGAUUCGGGAGAGGGUGGAGGAGGCUUUGAGGAAGGCUCAAGCCUGGGACUUUGUUCAGGAACUACCGAAGGGGAUGAACACCAAGGUGGCUGGUGGGCGGACCGGGGUGCUGUCCGGCGGGCAGGUACAGCGCGUUGCUCUAGCUCGCGCACUGGUCCGACGGCCUCGCUGCCUUCUGCUCGACGAGGCGACAUCAGCCGUCUCGGCCGAUACGGAGCUCAAGAUCCAAGAAGCCCUCGUUGAGGAGCAAACCUCGCGCGGAAUGACACUCAUUGUCAUCGCUCAUCGGCUCUCGACUAUCGUCUCGGCGGAUCGGAUCUACGUCAUGGUCGCUGGCCAAGCUCGGCACUACGGGACAUACGACGAGCUGAUGGACCCGGAAUGCCCUGACCAGACCUUCCGGAACAUGGCGCUCGUCAAGCAGCCCGCACACGUCGUCAAGGCGUCCCCUACCUCUCUCGCUACUUCUACACGCACCCUCUCCGCUGCGCCCAAGCCAACUUCGGACGAGAAGAUGCCGGUCAUCCCACAAGAGGAGCGCACCAAGCCACUCCCGCCAGCCAUGACAUCCGUCAAGCAGGCCUUCAAGCACAACACCUCCCUCCUCCUGAUCGGUCUCGCCUGCGGUAUCAUCGGCGGUGCCGCCUGGGUCGUUGCUGCCUGGCUCUUUGGUCGAGGUGUCGCCGACUUUGGGAUACCCGACCUCUCGGCCAUGCGCGCAGCUACGAAUCGGUGGUCUCUCUGGUUCCUCAUCCUCACCAUCGGCACAUUCGUCGUCCUCGGGUUCCACGCCUUUGGUCUGGAGCUCUCUGGCGAACGCAUCGUCUCGGAAUACCGGCGCGAGGCGGUUCGGGCUCUCAUGAAGCAGGAUAUUGCCUACUUUGAGGGGGAACACACCGGGAGCGGGAGUCUUACCGCCGCCGCGGCCCAUCAUCCCAGUAACGUCGGAAACGUCGUCGGACUCAUCCUCGGCCAAUUCAUCUCGUCCAUGACCAACUUUAUCGGGGUCAUCAUACUCGGCUUCUCCCUCAAUUGGCGGCUGGCAGUGAUGAUUCUCCCCGCUUUGGCCGUCGCGAGCGGGUUUGGGUAUGUCAACUUUGUCUGUCAAAAGAUCUUUGACAAGGGACUGAACAACGAUAUCGACGCGCAAUCGGCGUUUGUCUCGGAAUCUGCCAAUUCGAUUCAGCUACUCGCGGCGCUGACGAGGGAGGCGGAGACGGUGCGGCAGUUCAACUUGCGGUAUACGUCUCAGCCGAUCCGGAGCAAGUGGCUCAUCCUCUCUGGGGUCUCACUGGGUAUCAGCAUGGGGGUAUUGCAAUUCUUUGGCGGACUGAUCUUCUUCUGGGGUUCUCAGCUUCUCGCGCGUGAUCAGACUUCAAUUGCCAACCUGUUCACUGUGAUCGAGGCGGUCAUUGUUGCUGUCUACGUCGCCGCCAAGGUGUUUACCUACACGGGUGACUUUGCAAGGAUGAGGAACUCGCUGGACGUCAUACAGGGCUGGCUGGAGCGCGAACCUCAGCUUGCCAUCUUACCGCCAUCGACUCCCUUGGAGCCAGGCUCUUUCCUAGAGGGCAUCGAGUUCAAGAAUGUCUCCCUCCGCUACCCAUCCCGACCGGACGUUAUGGCCCUCAACGACGUUUCCUUCCGCAUGGAGCCGUCCAAAGCGUACGCGUUCUGCGGUACCUCCGGAGCCGGCAAGAGCUCCAUCCUGGCGGUCCUUCAGCGGUUCUACGAUAUCUCAUCCGGCUCGGUCUGCCUUGACGGGCGUGAUAUACGGACGAUUGAUCCGAAGGUGUUGCGCACAGAGAUGGGGUAUGUCAGCCAGGAGCCAAUCUUGUUUGAAGAGACGGUACGGUGGAACUUGGUCGCUGGUGCUAUCGAUCCCGAGUCUGUCACUCAAUCUCAGCUCGAAUGGGCAUGUCAACAAGCUUGUAUACUCGAUUUCGUCAAGUCCCUCCCGGACGGUUUCGAUACAGACCUCGGCCUCAAAGGUGGACAGCUCAGCGGGGGGCAACGACAACGCCUGUGUAUCGCCCGUGCACUCAUCAGGCAGCCGAGGAUACUGUUGUUGGAUGAAGCGACGAGUGCGCUGGACGGACGAAGCGAGGCGCAUGUGCAGGAGGCGCUGGAUAAUGCUUCGAGGGGGAGGUUGACUGUGACUAUCGCGCAUCGAUUAUCUACUAUCCGGAAAGCGGAUACUAUCUUUGUGAUGGAUCAAGGGCAGAUUGUGGAGAUUGGGACGCACGAUGAGCUCGUCAAGCUGAAUGGGCGGUAUUAUGAGUUGGUGCAGGCGCAAUUGUAG